AUGCCGUCUACCCAGACCACAAUGCACCUCAUCCGCCAUAUCGAAGCACCACAUGCUGAUUGUCAUCACUCCAGAUCCAUCACCGGUCCCCUUUCCGAUCGUUUCCCGCUCCGAGCCUUUGCGACACCGGCUGGUGUGGACCCACAGGACAAGUGCACAUCAACGGUACCGGAGCACACCAUGAAUCCACACGGCAGCGAUACAGCCAUGAUGGACAUAUAUCCAAGCACGGAAACGGGACCGGCGCAUGAUACGCUGUCCCCGUCCAAGUCACCACAACCGAAGCAAGUCUCGUUCGAAUUGCUGCUAUUGCCUCAGUCCCCGCAGCACAAAGCACGUCUACCUAUGCGUGUGAACAUCUACCCGCACGAUACAACUGACAGUAUCAUCACAACGGUCAAGAACUUCUAUGGGCUCUACGAGCGCAAAGGGGUGGUCUUCGAGGAUCGCCUUGGUAAUACCCUGAUCGCUCGCUAUGAGAACUUCGCACACAACAUGGUUGUCUACGUGCGUGUCACUGCAGAGGAUCCGGAAAUCGAAGAAUAUCAGUCUGUCUCGCAUCACUCCAUGUCUCCUCGCCGCCCGAGACUGGACGAAGCGUUCCAGAUGCUCCCUCCCAGUCUCGCCAGGCACAUGCGGCAAAGCGAGUCGCCUCAGCCAGGUCGUGGCCGACGUAGUGCUUCCACAAUCUCUGUUAGCAAGCGUGCUCGCGCUGCUGGGAAGAGCCGCGGUCCCAGCUCUCAUGGAAGCUUCGCUGAUGCCAAUGGCGAUGCAAAUGGCUACAGCGACAGCGAGAAUGGCGACGCUUCCGUGACCUCACGCCGCUCUAGAAAGGAACAAGUAGCCAGCGCUGAGAUCAGUGUUGAUAACAUCGUUGAGGGUGGCCGUCGCAAACGGGCCAAGUUUGACAGCUCUGAGCUUCCUCUUUUCGUUCCUCCUCAGGUACCCAUGACCGCGUCCCUCUCCUCAGUUUCACCUCAGCGACGAAUCAGCGGCAACAAUGCGGGAUCACCAUACGCUAUGAGUAACCAGCAGACGUUCGCAUUCUCGUAUCCUCUAGCAUCACCGCAAAGCUACGGUCAGGGUGACACCACAUACAUGCAUGGGCUGGCUACUCCCUACUCUACCUCGAGCGCGCAUGUGCAAGGUUACCGAUCGCGCACCCGCGGCACAACACAAGGAGGGCCCUAUCGGCAAUCUGGUGCACCGGGAGGCAUCUUACCUACCCCUGAUCCAACACUCGGUAGCGCCAGUGUCAUUUCGGAUGAAGACGUUGCUCGCCAGCUGAUGCGCCUGGGCGAUGCGUCGAACUUCUCCACACACGGACGGACUUCUACAUCGACGCUUGAUGACGCGCUAAGCGGCAAAGCAGAGGUUGCAUCCUCAAGCGAAGAGAGUGAUGAUGGCAGCGAUGAUGAGCAGGAACUCCCCCCACUCCCCCCACUCCCUUUCAAUGUUGGACGCACCAAUGGCUUGAUUGGAGAGCCUAUCAUCCGUGGAUAUGAAAGUGUCGACAGCAGCGGUGAAGAGGACUACGACAACAGGGACGAUUCCUUCAAGGGCGAAAGCGAUGAGAUCAUACUGGAUGGACAUCAUGAUCAUCAUCAGCUUCACGUAGUCAAGGCUCGCGGGUCUGUCUCGAGCAAGUCUGGUCACCCAGGCAAGCCUCGCGCUCUUUCCAAGCCGAAAAACAAGGUCGCAAAGGCGCCCAUGUCCCCAACGUCCCUCCCAUCUCAGUCGCGCAAAACAUCGAGCGCCUCUACCACUGGUCAGCAGCCACUUGGGCUUGACGAAGAGGACCUGUCAUCGAAGCCUCGCUGCCAGCGAUGCCGCAAGAGCAAGAAAGGUUGCGAUCGCCAGCGACCUUGCGGACGUUGCAAGGACGCAGGCAUCGGUAUCGAAGGUUGCGUCAGCGAGGACGAAGGCAACGGCCGCAAAGGACGAUACGGACGCCACAUGGGCGUGCCGGUCGUCAAGAAACCUAUGGAUCCUCCUUCGUUGCACGACCACGUCCAUGCGCCAAUCGCUGCGAGCAACUUCCUCCUAGACGGCAGCAUAAGUGACAAGAACAAGAAGAGGAAGCGGUAA